CUCUUCACAUCUGCAAAAACACUCUCUCCAUCCCCGACCUUGAACCCUAAUCUUUACUUUCUUCAUUAAUUCAUUCCUCCAUCGAGCUUUACCUCCCACACAAACCAGCCCUUGACAGAAAGCAACGCUUAAAAUUUUCAUUAGCAGUUAAUAUGAGAAACCCUUCUUCUGGUACUAGAACCCCGUGUUGUAGCAAGGUGGGCAUCAAGAAAGGCCCGUGGACUCCGGAGGAAGACGAGAUCUUAUCCAAUUAUGUCAAGAGAGAAGGUGAAGGCCGCUGGCGUACGCUCCCGAAGCGUGCCGGGCUGCUUCGUUGCGGCAAGAGUUGCCGUCUCCGGUGGAUGAAUUAUCUCAGACCCUGUGUUAAAAGAGGUCGCAUAGCUCCUGGCGAAGAAGAUCUCAUCCUUCGCCUCCAUCGCCUGCUCGGGAACAGGUGGUCUUUGAUAGCGGGAAGAAUCCCGGGACGCACUGACAAUGAGAUCAAGAAUUAUUGGAAUACCCAUCUUAGCAAAAAGCUGAUUAAUCAAGGAAUUGAUCCAAGAACCCACAAGCCGUUAGACCCAUUACCUACUUCCUCAGAUGUUAUCGGAAAUAAUGAUCAUCUAGCUUAA